UUGUGUUAGUUUCAGUUAAUUUCUUCUAUGCUACGUGUGUAACAGUUGUACAAUUAUUAUCAGUGAUUGUUAUUAUUUUGGCUUGCAGCCUGUGGCUUUCUGCGAUGCUAAUUCGGAAGCACUGUUUUAAAGUUCGACAAGCUUGUGUUUAAUCAGUUCAUUGCGAUUCUCUACGGUUUUGAUGAAACAAUCCAACGCGAGUGGCGGUUAUCUGUUGUGUGAGUCGACUGGUGAAGAAACAAACGUGUGAAGGAAUCCAAUUAUGUAGUGGCAAGCAUAGAUUUCUAUGUUUGGUCGAAAAGGCCAUUAUUGAAAAAAUGUAAUGUGCUAAUGAAAAGAAGUAUUUUAAUGCUUUUACACCAGCAAUGGAAGCGCGCAAUUGAAAAAGUGAAGUGAACGUAAAAUCAAAUAAAUCAGCGUGAUUUGUAACCAAUUAGUGCCGUUUAUGGGAGAAAAUCAUCGUACAAAACACCAAAGUUUUAAGUGUAAAUGUCCAAUAAACGUUAAUAGUGCCCAAUAAUGCUACAAGCAGCCGAAACGUCGUUUGCCUCAACUGAAUCGUCUCGGCGACGAUCAACAUUUUAUGUACCCCUGAACUCGGAUGCCUCCUGUCACGAACCGAACGGAGAUGCUGGUACAGCAUCGAUGCCGGCUGCGGAUGAUUUCUCGAAACGAUCUUUAGAGCGAAUUUACAAUCCGGAUCUCAGUGCCUGCAGCUUCGACUGGAGCCUAGACGAUUCACUGAACUCCUCCAACAACCUGCUGGGAGGCAGCGAAAGGGAAAACAAACUGAAACGAUAUGGCAUUGUUUUAAAUGCCAGCGUCAAUAUCGAUGAUGAUGAGACCACGUGCCAUCAGAAGCAAAGCAACACCUCCACGCCGAUUCGGUUGCUGAAAUCACGUAGCCGUAACAACAUUCUCAAUCUGCCCGAGAAACCCGGGCUGGUUCCAUCGCCAGCGAAGGAAAAGUCGAAAACUUUACCGCAAAAUCUGUCGCCCGCCAAUACGUUUCCGCCAAAAAGUUCGUUCCUGUUAAAAUCAACGCCGAAGAUUUCACUCAACUACUCCUCGGAUGCCGGUGUUGGCGGUGGCGGCGUCGGUGGAAGCGCGGUCCCUUCUCCUGAUCAAACCUCAUCGCCAUAUUCGGCACUCAGUCCGAAGAAGUCAUUAAGUUUCAUCAGGCGGACGCAUUCUACCAAACUGUCCCGAAGCAACUCUCUGCUGAAAAGUCUCACGUCCAAAUGUGUGGAUCAGAGCGUAGACAAUCUCAAUCUACUUAAAAUAGUCGUUAAAGAGUUAGAUUACACACGGCUGGAGAAAUUCAUACAAUCGGGUGAAAAGGCGGAUGAAAUGAUUCGCGAUAUGUUUCUUCGCUGUAAGGAUGACAAAGACGAGGAAAGCGGCGUUCAUUCUGACACAUCCUACGAAAAGGCAUGCCGAAGAGGGUCAGCACCAAGCACACCCAUUUUGGGACAAAAAUCUGAAUCCACCUCCCGCUUUACCAACUUCUUCUCGAAACGUUCCUUCCGAUCGAACCCGCUGAAGCGAACUAAAUCCGUCACCAAGCUGGAGCGUUCGAAGCGCGGUCAGGGUGGCUUACGGGGUUCGCGGUCGCACGAGAGCCUACUCUCCAAUCAUGCUGUGAUGUCCACCAUCGAUCUAUCCUGCAUCGGUGCAAUCGGAGUGGUUCCGGUACAUGCCUCCGUGCUCGGCCGAAGACACUGCUUCCAGGUGCGGGGUGGUCCUCGCGGUGAGCGGUACUACAGCUGCGGAUCUCGACAGGAGCGGGAUCUUUGGAUAUACAGUUUGCGCAAAUCGAUUGCACCCAACGCUGAGAACACCAGGCGAAUGGACAACUCACUCAAAAUGUGGGUGUAUGAAGCCAAAGCACUGCCACCGAAGAAGAAAUACUUCUGCGAGAUUAAUCUCGACAAAACUUUGUAUGGACGAACGUCCGUGAAAUUACGUACCGAGCUACUCUUCUGGGGUGAGUACUUCGACUUUCCGGACGUGCCGGAUAUAAACGUUAUAACGGUUAACGUUUACCGGGAAGGCGAAAAGAAGAAAAAGCGAGAUAAACAUGCACUGGUGGGCUGCGUGAAAAUCCCAAUCCACGAGGUAACCUCCCGGACAUUCUCCGAAGAUUGGUACCCGAUCAUUGCGGAAAAGCACGAUAGUAUCAGCAAAAACUCUUCCAAAGAACCCAUUCCUACGUUAAGGAUAAAGUGUCGCUUCCAAAGCAUAGAUAUUCUUCCCAUUGGAGUUUACCAGGAGUUUCUGGAUUACCUGAAAGAAAAUUAUAAGAAAGUUUGUGAAAUCUUGGAACCUGUGAUUGGCGUGAAAGCUAAGGAAGACAUAGGACAAGCGCUGGUUUUGCUGAUGCACGCACAGGGCAUGGCAGCGGCGUUUUUGACCGAUGUCGUCGCUUUAGAUUUGCUACGCGUAGGCGAUCAACGGUUAACCUUCAGGGGCAACUCACUUGCCACUAAGAGUAUGGAAGCUUUCCUCAAACUGACCGGCGAACAGUAUCUACAGGACACUCUCUCCGCUCCAAUAUCGGAAAUAAUCUCUUCAGAUCGCGAUUGUGAAGUAGAUCCUCUGAAGGCAAAUGGCUCCUUGUCCCGUCAGCAGCAAGCACUAAGAAAUGCGGUGAAAACUGCUUGGAGCAGUAUUGUAGACAGCGGCAAAAACUUUCCAAUGCAACUGAGAGAUUGCUUCUCUACAUUCCGCGAGCGAUUGCAGCUACUCGAUCGUGAGGAUAUGGCUGACAAUCUGAUCAGUGCGUCAAUUUUCCUACGCUUUCUCUGUCCGGCAAUCCUGUCUCCUAGUCUUUUCAACAUCACCAAUGAGCUUCCCUCUGCGCGAGCAACCCGUAAUUUGACGCUUGUCGCCAAGACCCUGCAAACGUUAGCCAAUUUCACGCGCUUCCAAGGCAAGGAAAAUUUCAUGGAGUUCCUCAAUGAUUUUCUGGAACAGGAAGCUCCCCGAAUGAAACAAUUCCUCCACAGUAUUUCAACCCGUACCGAAUCCCCACUGCAGGAAAGCAUCCUCGAUUGGGCUGGUUACAUUGAUCAAGGCAAGCAACUCUCGAUUCUGCACACUUUACUUGCCGAGAGCAUUCAAAAGAUUCCCACAUCGAAGCAAAUAGACUUGCACCCUCUUCCGGCGAUUCUAGAAGCAAUCACCAUUGCCAAGGAAACCAACAACUUCAUCACCACUCAGCAACAAAACCCUCAACCGCAGCCGCAUCCGAACAAGGAGAACCAUAACACGGUAACCGUACCAGUUAAGCAAACUGCCGAGCGAGGAAUCAUUCGUGGCGUUCUGACACCAACCUCGCUAGAGAAGAACAUCUUCCGUUAUAACGAUCCGACGGUUCGACCGCUGCUGAGCCAAAACCAAAGUAUGAACUCUCUGCAACACUCGCACUCCACCUCAAGUAUUAAUUCCGCCACCAACCUGCACGUAGUAAGUGCAAAUAUUCAACAUCACAACGUUUCCAGUACCAAUUCCAACGAGAGCAAAUAUCAGUACCCAAUUGGCAGUAUUCGAACGUACGGAACCGUUUCGCAGUACUACCCGAACAAUUCGAACAAUAUUGGCAGUCUGAAAAAUGAGAAAGAGAAAAGUCCGGUUUUGAACUGUGGCAUUCGGGCUAGUACCCUGCCCCGGAACAAUAACGUCACUGUCAGCAACGGUAGCAUCAGCAAUGAAACGGAUGAUCAUACCAACGCAAACAACCUCAUUCAGAUUGGUUUCGAUCCAAGCAAUCCUUUCAAUCGGAAAAGUCCCACCCCUUUGCUGAAGUCCACGACGGUACAUAUCAACGGCAGUCGAAGCCGAAAUCUGAACGGCUCCCAGCUGAGCUUGCUUUCGGAUCUCGGUAAAAACCCGCUUAGUCUCGGAAUCCCCCACAGCGACAUGGUAACGAGUAGCACUCCAACACCGGCAGUCCCUGCAUCGAAUCCAUCAAACAUGCCCAUGAGCUUGGAUGAUCUGGAAGAUCUGCUGAACUACGCCGACGAACAGGGAGUUACGGAAAAUCAAAAGGGAGGAAAAGAACAACUGACCGGCAAAGGAAGCAACAUAUCGAUCGGGCAAAUUUCCAACAUUUGCAGUUCCGGUUACCAAAGCAUCACAACACAAUCUCAGAGCUCGAGUCCGGUGGAACUCGGACAGCAGCAAAUUGAAUACGUAACGAAUAAAGUUCCACCCCCGAGAAAGAUAAGCAACAACAAGUACGGAUACAUUAACCAGCAACGGUACACUCCAGCAAGUAACACGGCAACCGUAUCCAGCUUGACGUGCAUCAACAAUAACAAUAACAAUAAUAAUAAUGAUCAAGAUAGUCAGUAUGCUCCUCUGGGAUACAAAAAUGCUCUGUAUCAUCAAAGUACCAAUGUUAGUGCUGGGACUGCACUAAAUGCGUACAACAACAAUUUAAUUAUUGGCUCGAACGCCGGAGCUGGAGGCAAUGGAGGUCUUGUAGGCGGAGUAGGCAGUGCCUAUAAAAGUCAUCUCAGUACGAUUGGAAGCGGCGGUAAUCUGCACACGUCCAGCAGCGAUGAAAGGUUAAGCAAUAACGAUAACUAUCGGGAUAUAGACUCGUUAAACACUGGGAAUGGAAACGUUUUCGAAUCAUUCGGUGGGCUGCACGGAAGGCGACUUGGCAGCAGUCGAAUGCCACGGACUAAUCCACUGAUGCAGUAUAAACGCGAAGAACCGUUGGAGAUGCAACCGAUUAACAGUUAUACUAACACCAACAAUAGUCGGGAUCAUCACAACCACCACCACAGUAGCAGCGGAGGAGGAGCAAGCAAUCGUUACCAGCGCAGGAUGAGCAUCGAUUCCGGUCGUACUCUCUCCGAUAGCUCUACCGACACGGAAAGUGGUUCCAAACAGCACCCGUCUUCGGUUGCAUUCAACGGUCACGUCGGUCUCGGUGGGGCGCUGAGCAGUCACCUAGAUAAUAAACGCCGUCAUCGUACCAGUACCAGUAAAUCGGUCGAACAAUGCGAACGAGAAAUCCAGCGGCUUCAGGCAUCAGUGGACGAACUGCGACAGAAGCUGGAGGAAUCGGAACUGAAGGAGGUCGCCGAAGAUUUGGAAGCCAUUUCGCACCACAGUGACACCAAGAUUCGAAGCAUUAUUGGGCGUCUGCUGGCAAUGGAAGAGGAACUCCGACGGGAGCAGUACAAAAUGUCGCUUGUACUAACGCACAAGCAGCGCGUUAUCGAGGCACAAGGACAGCAAAUUGCCGCCCUGGACGCGGCAAACAAUCGGCUCCUAACGGCUUUAUCCAGCUUGCGGAAUCGUUACGAAAAUCAGUCAAACCAAAGUGACACCAGCUCACCGCAACCAACCAAUGCCAGUGCGUCCUCCUGCUAAACAAAUACAUAUAGCUCUCUCUCACUUUUUAGCAGACUUUCCAGGAUGCAAAUUCCAAAUUUUAAAGUGUCGAUUUGUUAGAACAAACUUGGAAAUCAAACAAAAUGCAAUGGUCGAAUUGAUUUGAAAGAAUAUUCUGUAAAUAAUCGUAACAUGUAGAAGCUUUGAAUUAUACAUACUCUACGUUUAAGAUUUUAAAUUAUUUAUUGUACAAUAUGAUGCACCCUGAAACAUGUAUUAUUCAGCAGGAAGUUUUAAGAAAUGAUAAUUGUCUAUCAUUAUUAGUUUUUACCCGUUUUAAGUAGUUGUUGAGUGAAGCACAACUGAUUCAUAGUUAGAUCAAACACCAAUCGACUCUACUAAUUCGUCAAAUGAUAUAUUCACACAUGUUGAGUAAAUGCUGCCACCCUAACAAACGAACCACAGUGCAUAAAAUCUGCUGACUGAAAACUAACCAGACGCCAAUGGAAAAGCAAAUUGACUGCCUCAAAUUAAUAGUUUAUUGUCUUAACAAAAAAAAACUAUAUAGUAUCGAUCAGUUCGAACGUCUCUAACGACUCAUACCGAACAAAGUUUAUAUGCUUUGUCCCAACUUUGACGCUCUGGUCGUCUAAAUGGUGAUGUUUCUUUUUCGUUGUUCGCGUAUCGUUACGAAAUAGUAAGAGCAAUUCCGUAAACUUAUCCAAUGUAACCAAAGAAUCAUUUCAUAUAUAAAAUAAGCGAUCAAACCGAUCUUCAGUUCAGUUUAUUGGUAGUUUAAAACACAAUUCCGUACAUCUUGAGAGCGCAAAUUCAGUUCAGUUUUGUUAGAAAAUUACACACAUAUUAUAGCCUUUUGGUAUAGAGUUUCCGUUCCUCGUUUGUUUUGUGCACUAUUUUUCUUCAAUUCAAUCCAAAUUGAGUUGUUUAAUAUGUACGGAUGAAUUGUUUUUGUGUAUGAAUGAAUACUUUCUCAUAAGUAAACCACACCACUAUACUUGCAGUAGGGGGUUCUGUAAUCAAGAAAUAUAUGAACU